CUCACAGGGGGCCUUACCAUGAUCGGCUCAGACAGCAGGUGAAUUCGAGGGGCGACGGAUAUAAAUGUCGCACAGAGUGUUCAAGCACCGCAGGGUCAGCGAAGCCUCUUUGUUAGCUAUCGACCCAGCUCGACAGCCAGCAUGUUCAAGAUCACUGUUGCGUUCCUCACGACGGUACUUGCUGUUCUGCAGGCCAAUGCGGAGACGCACACCGUUACCUUCACUAACAACUGCGGUUAUGGCACACCGGAACUGUGGUCGCAGAGCGGCCAGCUCCUGUCCAGCGGCGGUGCUGCGUACACCACAAAUGGCCCUGCGUAUGAUCUCAUUGCUUACCUGCAGGAUGGUACCUGCGGUCAGAAUGGCGCCAACUGCACCGUCGUCGAUGUGACACUUGCCAAUGGUGAUAGUAGCGCUGAAAUCUUCUUCGUUGCCAGAGAAACUGAAGACCCAUGUGUCAGCUUCAGCUUCUACAACGGCUGCGAUGGUAUCGGUGAAACCUGCCCCACUACUUCGUCGCCUAAGACCUGCGCUGCCGACAAUGUGGACAUCGAGAUCACGUUCUGCUAGUGUAGAUUUCACGGAGCGAGUGACAUUGUAUGACGGUCUGUUGUUUAUCAACAUUCUCACCGACCUACAUAUUAUGUGCUCAUUGUGUAUGUAAAUACACACCGGGGUUUGAUGGAUUUCAAAGCCUCGCUCUGUAUCACAUUUGAGGACACUAUAACGGAUCGUACCAAGACCCUGAGGGUAGUAUGCUAUGGACCAACAAAAGUUGAUUGGCCAGUAGACAAAC